AGAUGGGCGGCGCUGAAACCUCACCCCGACCCGUUUGUGGGGUCACGGCCGGGAGACCCCAAAAGGGACGUGGCGCUGAGACCCCCCGCAGCCGCAGCUGCAUCCGCAGGCAGAGACGGCGCGGCGGGGCCGGGGGGGACCCCAAAGACUGCGGCGGUGGGGACCCCAAAACCCGGGGCGAUGGGAACCCCGAGGAGCGCGGCAAUGGGGACCCCAUAAACUGUGCCAUCGGGGACCCCAAAGCUCAUGGUAUUUGGGUCCCCAGAAAGCGUGACAUUGGAGACCCCAAAGACUGUGGCAAUGGGGACCCCAUAAACUGUGCCAUUGGGGACCCCAAAACCUGUGCCAUUGGGGACCCCAAAGCUCACGGUAUUUGGGUCCCCAGAAAGAAUGGCAUUGAAGACCCCAAAGACUGUGGCAAUGGGGACCCCAUAAACUGUGCCAUGGGGGACCCCAAGGAGUGCGGCAAUGGGGACCCCAUAAACUGUGCCAUGGGGGACCCCAAAGCUCACGGUAUUUGGGUCCCCAGAGAGUGCGGCAUUGGAGACCCCAAAGACUGUGGCAAUGGGGACCCCAAAGACUGUGCCAUUGGGGACCCCAAAACCUGUGCCAUUGGGGACCCCAUAAACUGCGCCAUUGGGGACCUCGAGGAGUGCGGCAAUGGGGACCCCAUAAACUGUGCCAUGGGGGACCCCAAAGCUCACGGUAUUUGGGUCCCCAGAGAGCGUGGCAUUGGAGACCCCAAAGACUGUGGCAAUGGGGACCCCAAAAACUGUGCCAUGGGGGAUCCCAAACAAUGCAGAAUUGGGGUUCCCAAGGAGUGUGGCGAAAGGGACCCCAAAGAGCAUUGGAAUGGGGUGCCCAAAGGCCGUGCUAUAUGGGACCCCAAAAGCUGUGCCAUUGGGAACCCCAAAAGCUGUGCCAUUGUGGACAUCAAAAGCUGUCCCACUGGGGACCCCCAAAGCUAUGCCACUGGGGGCCCUAAGAGCUGCACUAUUGGGGACUCUAAAAGCUGCGCCAUUGGGAACCCCAAAAGCUGUGCCACUAGGGACCCUAAAAGCUGUCCCAUUGGGAACCCCAAAAGCUUCACCAUUGGGGACCCUAAAAGCUGCGCCAUUGGGGACCCCCAAAGCUGCGCCAUUGGGAACCCUAAAAGCUGCACCAGUGGGGACCCCCAAAACUAUGUCACCGGGUUCCCUAAGAGCUGCGCCAUUGGGAACCCCAAAAGCUGCACCACUGGAGACCCUAAAAGCUGUGCCAUUGGGGACCCCCAAAGCUUUGCCAUUGGGUUCCCUAAGAGCUGCGCCAUUGGGGACCCCAAAAGCUGCGCCAUUGGGAACCCUAAAAGCUGCGCCAUUGGGGACCCCAAAAUCUGCACCAUUGGGGAACCCCAAAGCUAUGCCACCGGGUUCCCUAAGAGCUGUGCCAUUGAGAACCCUAAAAACUGUGCUACUGGGGACCCUAAGAGCUGCGCCAUUGGGAACCCCCAAAGCUACGCCAUUGGGUUUCCUAAGAGCUGCGCCAUUGGGGACCCCAAAAUCUGCACCACUGGGGACCCCCAAAGCUGUGCCAUUGGAGACCGCCAAAGCUGCGCCAUUGGGAACCCUAAAAGCUGCGCCAUUGGGGACCCCCAAAGCUGCGCCACUGGGGACCCUAAAAGCUGUGCCAUUGGGGACCCCCAAAGCUGUGCCAUUGGGGACCCCAAAAACCGCACCAUUGGGGACCCCCAAAGCUGCGCCAUUGGGUUCCCUAAGAGCUGCGCCAUUGGGAACCCCAAAAGCUGCGCCAUUGGGGACCCCCAAAGCUGCGCCAUUGGGGACCCUAAAAGCUGUGCCACUGGAGACCGCCAAAGCUACGCCAUUGGGUUCCCUAAGAGCUGCGCCAUUGGGAACCCCAAAAGCUGCGCCAUUGGGGACCCCCAAAGCUGCGCCGUCGCGGCCGCCCCCCCCGCCGCGGGGUUGCGGUACCUGGAGCUCAUCUGCCGCACGAUGGAGCGCGUGGCGCGGCUGCAGGAGGACAACCGCCGGCUGCGGCAGUGGGGGGGGGCGGCGCGGGCCGGGGGGGGUCCCGGAUCUCUGCGCGCCCCACAGCGCCCCCCGACCGACGGCGGCGGCGAUUUGGGGACGGGGAGAGCGGAGCGCUUCCGGACGCGUUCGUGUUCCGACAGCCGCGUGGCAGCGCACAGCCCCACACGGCAGUGGGGGCACUCCGUCAGCUCCCCCACCCUGCUGGAUCCCACCGAGCCCCCCCCGGCGCCCCAUAAGGACGGCCGCUCUCAUUGGGGUCGGGUGAAGGUGCUGCUCAACCGCUUCACCCGGCGCUCACUGCGGGGCCGCUGACCCACAGCCGCCCCAUAGUGCGGCGCCCCACACGGUGUGGGGUCACAGCCCCACACUGCACCGCAGCUCAGCCUGGGGCUGGACCCCCCCACCCUCCGACCCCAACCCUGACCUUAAUCCUAUCCCUCACCCCAUAACCCCAACCCUGACCCCAACCCUGACCUUAACCCUAAUCCUGACCCCCCCGACCCCAACCCUGACCUUAACCCUAUCCCUCACCCCAUAACCAACCCUGACCCCAACCCUGACCUCAGUCCUAAUCCUGACUCCCCCAACCCUGACCCCAACCCUGACCUUAACCCUAAUCCUGACCCCCCCGACCCCCAACCCUCACCCCAACCCCUCAACCCUGACCUUAACCCUAUCCCCCACCCCAUAACCCC